AUGUCUUGGAAUGUUCUGUUACUGAUUUUUAACCCUUUUAGUAAGCUAUAUGAAAAACGUGUUUUGCCUAAUUUUUUGGAUUACCAAUUGGAGGUUGUUUUGGUUGUUUGGGUUGCCAGGCUUUUCCAUUUCUUCCUUCCCAAUUUACUUGCGUCACAUGGCCCUAUUUAAUCUCUUACCUAUGCUAGUUCUCUCUCCCUGUUUCUCUUCUUUCUUUUCCAACACACCAACUUUUUCCCUUUCUAUCUUCUUUUCUUUCACCAAAAUACACCAAAAUACACAAGACACACAAAUAACUCACUCAACAUUGAAUUUGCUUUCACUUCUUUUCAACCCACCAAGCUUCCCUGCAUUCAUUAAGAUCUCUUAAGUUUCUUGACAUGUUAUAUAGCCAAGCUAAAGGACAUUCUCUUCUUCAACCAACUCUCUCCAAUCACCCACAACCAGAACAUAUGCAAUCAUCAUCAGAGCAAACCAUGCAGAUCAUUCUUUUCAGAGCAGUGCUGAUAUCCAAGUCAAAUGGUUGGAACAGCACCUACAGCAAGCUUUCAAAGAUGACAAAGGUCAAGGCUUUCCUUGGUUAAUUAUUCCAGUGGUUUUGGGAUGGAAAUGAUAGGUGGUCAACUAGCGUAUAACAUUAACUCACUCAACUCUUGUCUUUUUUUUUCUUUUUUCUUUUUCCUGCCCAGCUCGUCGGAAGCACGUGGAGUCGUCGUUGUUCGUAUUCACCGGUGCAUCGGCCAACGACUACUUGAGCAUAAAUGUGAACUCCAACCUCCAGCGGAUGAAAGACAUGGUGCCUGAUGUAAUUGCAGCAGUUAAGACUUACAUUAAGCUCAUAAUUAACCAUGGUGGCACCAAGGUGGUGGUGGUGGGAGCUUUUCAAAUUGGGUGCGGGGUGAAAUUUGAUUUCCAUGGGGGCACCAAGUUUCAUUGCAAUAACAGCAGCUUCAAUUCCUUGGCCACACUUCACAACCAACUCCUCAAGGAAGAGCUUCGAAGGCUAAGAGACGAGUUUCCCGGCACUCGAAUCGUCUAUGGAGACAUGUGGGAUGCCUUUCAAUGGAUCAUGGACCAUUUCUGGUCGAUUGGGUACCGCCAUCCCUAUUACAUCCCUUGCUGUGGGAAUGCUCAUGUUCACUGUGGAGAUUCUGGUGCGCCAUACUGCAAUUUCCCUGCGGAAUAUAUGUAUUGGGACAGUGAGCACCUCACCGAUCAUACUCAUCGCCUACUUUCCAACUUGAUGAUUCCUCGGUUCGCUGCUGAUCUAGGAUGCGGUGGUGGUGUCAGCAAGGACGACGACACAUCAGAGCAUUAGUGUCUGUAGGGAUCUUUACUGCAAACUGCUGUUAUCUUUACUAGUCUUCUAACUGUGGUUUUAUCUCAGCGUGAAAAUGUAACCGUUUACCUAGGGAAAUUAGUGCAAACUACUGUUAUCUUUCUCAAAACUCCUAUAAAAAAGAAAGAAAUACAUCUCAUUUUUGGACAGAAUCACUGUACACAAUUAGAAAUGGCGAGAGCGUCAUCAUCUUCACUGAUGGUCGCAGCCGUGGUAGCAGCCUUCUUCCUCUUGUCUUCUGGAUUAGCAGCAUCAACGCCGAUUCCAAGAAUACCCCACUCCGAGCCAUUAACGGACAUAACGAGUCCUUUUUACAGAGAAAUGGCGGAAUUUGCAGUCAGAGAACAUAACAAGGGUCGUCCGGAAUCCGAGUGGUUGAAGCUCGUGAGCGUGGACAAGGGUUAUAACUACCCGUUCAUGCCCGAUGAAGCUCACUUUCGCCUCUACAUAACUUGCUCCAACAGCCAUGGCCAAGCCAAGUACAAAACCUUCGUUGCGCAGCGGCUGCAAAUGGCCGGUCCUAACUAUUUUAUCUUCAAAUCGUUUAGCAAAGUCUCUAAUUAACCGUAAUUGCAUCUUUGCUAAAUCCCGUAAUGUGGUUAAAAUUACGUUCUAUUGAUGUUUAAGUCCGUAUAAGUUUUUUUUUUUGCGUUGAAAAUGUUAAACUACCAUUAAAUAAGGGUUUUACCGUUUUAGGCUUAGCACAAUAAAUCUCGGUAUGGUUUUAUGCAUUCGGUGUGAAACCUUAGUGUCGUUUGGAAGUUGUGAUUGUUAGAGUUGUGUUUAUUAAAUACAUGUAUUGUGCACAAUAAAAUGUUUGGAACUUGGAAGUGUCCAAAUGUAAAAUACUGUAUACAUUGUUUUAGGUAGGUCCCACGAACAAUCACAAAAAAUGAUACAUUAUACAAUCUCAACUAAAAAUUGAGAUUGUUGUGAUUGUUGCUUUUAGAUUUGUGUCAAAUUUUUCUUUCCAUUUAUAUCCCUAAUAGUUUUUGUCUUAUACUAAAAGUUGAGGGUAAAG